UCUGGGGGUGCCGUUUCUGCAGAGCCCCCAGCGGUGACGGUGAGAAGCAAGACAGAGGUGGAGGAUGGGAUGGAGACGCACAUCUGCCGGGUCCACGGCUUCUACCCCAGGGAGAUCGAUGCCUUCUGGACGAGGGACGGGGAGGUCUGGCUGCAGGACACCCUCCAUAAGUCUGUGGCCCCCAACGCGGAUGGGACCUACCACUACUGGCUCAGCAUCCGGAUCGACCCCAAAGAGAGGGGCCGCUAUCGGUGCCACGUGGAGCACGACGGCCUGCAGGAGCCUCUGGACCUGGCCCUGGAAGAACCAAAAUCCAACCUGGGAAUCAUCAUCGGCUGCGUUGUGGCUGCUCUUGUCCUGGUGGGUGUGAUUGCUGGGAUCCUGGUAUUCUUCAAAAGACGUCAAGAUGACUACAAUGCAGUUCCAAGUGAGUACAUUGAUUUGUCCUCUUUGCAUGUAAUCUCCAACUUAGAGCAGGGACCAGAGGCACCAUUAGUUGAGAGGGGUGUGUGUGUGUGUAUGUUUGCAUGUGCUAUCUUCCUCUUCAUGCUAAGAACUAGGCUGGGGAAGAUGGGCCCCCUUUUCAUUACAGCCAGGCUGUUCUUGGAAGUGGAGUCCUCCAGGAGAAACACCUGGAACAAGGAACCUUCAAGAAGAUGAGAAGACGCGGCUGGUGGAAGGUCCCUCUGACUGAGGACAUGCUCUGUUUCCCAAGGAGGCAGAAAGGAAAGGCU